AUGAACGCUCUUGUGAUACCACCGUCGCCGAAUUGGUACGAAACCGACAUAUCCGCCUGCGCCCCCGACAACACCCUAAUUUACGGCUCCAGAAAUGAUAUUGUGAUCAUAGAAAACUCGGAGCCCAACGUUCCAGCUUCUGUGAGAAAAAUAUCCAAAGCCCAUUCGCAAAAAGUAACGUGCGUAAAGGUAAACAAACAGUGGGGAAACAACCUCAAAUUGAUAGCCUCCUCUUCCGAAGACAAGAUGGUUAACGUCUGGGACGCGGAGACUGGUAAAAAGUUACAUUCUCACGAUAAACACCUUGGAAGUUCAAAAGUCAUCGGUGUAGCCUUCGCAGGCGAAGAAAGAGUCGUGAGUGUAUCAGAAAACGGUACGAUUGUAUUGUGGAAUUUACCGUUGAAUCAAACGAACGUAAUCGACGAUCUUCUGGGCCCCAAAGUCUCCGUUUCUUGCAUAUCCUCGUGCCCCCACGUGAAUUGGCUGGUGGCCUUCGGCUUGAACAACGGGCUCGUUACAGUCGUAGACAUGAGAAAAAACGGUAAAGUCUUGUUUAAGAUGAGAGGUCACGAUAAGAGCGUGAUUUCCCUAUCUUGGUGUCCUGCGCCUGUAAACGUAUUCCCCAAGAAUCCCUAUAAUUUCGUCGGGGAGAAAAAAUCGGAAGCGGAUGAGCCCAAGGAAGUAUCUUUGUUGGAAUAUUACGGUUACGAUGAAGAUGAUUUUAAAUAUUUCGAUAAAUAUUUAUUGAAUCGUUGCGACAAUGUGCCCGAGUUUCCUGUAGAUAAUGACGCAUCAAAGGAAUCAGUACAGGAUGAAGAGAACAUUAGUAGCCUAAAUGGAUCUUCUGAACAACUUACCACGUCCGAUGUAAACAGAGAAAUAUCAUCGAAACCUGUUCCGAUGGAAGAAGAACCCAGGAAGGAAUUCCUGCUGGCUUCUUCUGCUAAAGAAGGGAAUAUUUACAUAUGGCGAGCCGGUACAGAUGGCAGAUUGCAAACCUUCCUGACGCUCCCGAACAACUCGAACAACCACAGGAGCAAAUCAUCUGCGGACAAAUUAUGGAUCACUUUGUGCUGGAUUGCUCCUAAUGUUUUGCUAUCGUCGUCCAAAUCCUCCGAAUUGCUCGCUUGGGCAUUACCCAAACCCCAGGAGUAUGUAGGAAAUCUCAUCUACCCUCUACUAGUUUGUAUUAAUUCGAUUAAUUGCAGCUCUUCGAAGAAUUACACGGUCGUACACAGAGACCACAGUGCUUUGUUGUUCUCGAUAUCGGCCCCCCUACGGUUAUACAGCGAGUACGAUUGGAGAUGCAUCGAAGACAAUCUGAACGCUUGGACUUUGUCCCAAGACCGUUUGCUCUUGAAUACUAAAAUAAAUAACGAAAGGACCAAUUUGGCUUGUUAUCCCACGAUAGGCGGAAGCGUGUUUUGCAUGAAACUGUCCCCACUGGAUCCCAACAGAUUGGCCAUAGGAACGACCGAUGGAUUCGUCAAGAUCUGGAAUUUGAGCCGACCUCAUACCAAGCAAAUCGUCAUGAGUAAUUUCUACCAAAAAAUCCAAGGGGCUAAGGUGUCUGCGAUGGCUUGGCAUCCGGUCAACGAGCACCAAUUGGCCUGUGGAACGUCCGAAGGAAGGAUUUGCAUUAUUGACGUUAACAACAAAUCCAAAGCGCCCGUUACCCUACCGCAGUAUUUCAAAUCGGAGGUGUACGUUUUGGAAUGGGGAUCUUUCGAAGGGAACAUCGGGCUGUAUGCCGUAGGAGAAGGCCGUUUGGUGCUAUUCGAUUUGAAUAAAUCCAACAAAGAUCCGAUCGAGUUUAAUCAGUUCCAAGGUAAAUUCAUCUAUUCGAUGUCGUGGAAGCCGGACAACAGCAGAGUGUUGUUGGUGACGAAAUCCGGGCAAUUGAUCGUCUGCCGGCCGGAUUUGAGCAUUAUCAAGAUAGAAUAUCUGGCGCACAGACUCACCAGGGCGAUGUGGCAUCCCAAUGCUUUGGUGGCCGGCACGAAGGAGAACAAUUGGGUCCUGGCCCUUUCGAAUUGCUCGAAGAAUCUUACGGUAUACGAUUUUUCCGAAGAGGAAAAGGCCUACGAGAACGUGAUUAGCAAUUACCAAUUUACGGAUUUGGUGCACGAUGUCUGUUGGAGCCAUUUCGAACCUUCGCAUGUGCUGUUCGCUCGAGACAUGGGAAUCGUACAGGUAUGGGACGUGCGCAAAAACGAGAUAAUUUCCACGAUGGUAAAUGAAGGUUUCGAGAGCGUUUUGUCGGCGAUUUGGAGCCCUUUAGAUCCGGAUUAUGUUAUAUCCGGAAGCAGGGAUAGCUGUUUGAGGGUGUGGAAGGUAUCCGAACAUCCGCACGUGGACGAGAAUGAACUAAACAAACAGAGAAAGAAGGUUAUCAAACACUCUACGAACACUCCACAAGUGAAAAUCGAACCGAAACUAUCAGUGAAACCAAGCAAAACCGACUUGUUUCCCGUUUAUUAUUCUCCGAAGGAUUCCGGCCAGUUGGUUACGGAUCUUAGGGGGCUGUUGCAAUGGAAAGACAGUCUGACAAUUCGGGAGAAUUCCGGCGAAUCUCGUCCGAUCGAUUUAUUGGACAUCUUUGGGUCUCAAGAAUGCUCCAAAAAUUUAAUUAACCUAAACGAAUCGACGCUGAAACAACGUGGACAAUACUCCAAGAGCCUCCAACUUUCCCUAUUCAACGGUGAUAUCAGUAAAUGUUUGAACGAAGCGAUCGAAGAGAAACGCGUCAACGUUUCUAUGUUAUCUUUAGCACCGAUGGUUUCAUUCAAUACUUGGUUAAAAGCGUGCGAAACGUACGCUGAUCAAUUGACUGAAGAAGCGAAUUCCGAUCCCCAGGAAAUCGCUAUGUAUUAUUUAGCCUGUCACAAAGUGGAAAAAGCCGUGGAUUCCUUGUGUAACGGGUCCCUAUACCGCGAAGCCUUUCUCCUGGCUAAAUGCAGGUUGUUAGGGCAAGACGUAAUAGAUACAAUAAUCCAGAAAUGGGCUAUUUAUUGCCUAGAAACCGGCUAUUUCGAAGUCUCUGCUCAAUGCUACAUCUAUUUGGGGAAGUACGAAGAAGCCGCCUCUGUGUUAUUCAGAAGAACCGAUCCGGAUCUGUUGGGUUUUGCUAAAGAUUUAGCGGAAAAAGUGGGUAAUGAGGAUUUGAAGAAAGCCAUCGAAUUCAGACUGAACGCUUUUAAUGGCGUAGGAGAUGCAGGGGAUUCCCCUAAUUUGGACGAUCCGAUCGUAAAUAAUGUUUAA